CGGAGCGGAUUGCUUUACCGGAAGCUGCAAUCGCGUGUAAACAUCCGGUCGAGAACUUGCGGUCGUAAACAUGGCACCGAAAGUGUCGGCUGCUAUGCUCAUCGACGCCGUCAAAAGCCACCCCGUGCUCUAUGACAAGACCCACCAUCUGUACAAAGACACGCACCACAAGAAUGAUAUUUGGGCGAAGAUAGCCGAAGAGCUGGGAGUAAGCAGUGCAUUAUGCCAGAAGAAGUUUAAGAACCUCAAGGACACCUUCACAAAAACAAAAAAUCAGAUAAAGGAUUCGAUGAAAAGUGGCGCUGGUGCCCAUGACGUGCCCCUCGUGAAGUGGAAGCAGUUCGAAGCAAUGACGGGCAUAAUGGAAGCUGUUUAUCAGGAGCCAAUCUUGUGCAGCAACCUCGAAUUUGGCUCCUUUGAUGGAAUGAUCGUAGCUGACGGCCCAGCAGCAGCCAGUCACGAUGUUGAAGAUGUACCAGCAACAGGAGAUACAGACGACUUCGAAGAGAUGGUGGUGCCAGAAAGUUCAGAAAGUGCACCGCAUACGGACACACAACCUGCAAGCAAGACAACGGAAUGGCUGCCUGACAAUGCAGAAAGUGAUAUUGAGCCGGAAGUGGUGCUUGACACAACUGAAACGGUACCAAGACCAAGAAAAGUGGCAAAGACAUCCAAAAAUCCCCAGCGCCCCGAUGGCAGCGUACCCUCCAAUGCGGCAGUUGCUGCCGCAUGCCUUGACCACCUGAAGGCAGUUGGAAAAGAGCGCCGACAAAAAGAGGAGACCCAGGACACUGUCUACCAUUUCUGCAUGGCAGCUGCUGGAUUUUUACGGUCACUGCCACCUGAUGACCAAUUUGACUGUAUGUGUUCCAUCCAAGCCAUCAUUCAAGAAAAAGUAAUGGAAGUGAGGGCUCGGAGGAGCGAAAAAUAGUCCUGAAAACAUAGCUGCGUGGUAUAAUGUACAUACACUGUUUUUUUUCUCUGAUAUUUAUCUGUGAUAUUUAAGUGCCAUUGCGUGUUUGUCAUCCACUUCUUACACAGUUGACUCCCAUGUCGCUACCUAUGCCAGCGCUCCCAUACUGCCCCUUCCUCUGCAAAGGCGCUGAGUGGUCUGUGAUUGUACAUACAAACAUGGAUCUCAAAUUCUUUGCCUCAACAUAUUGUGAAAUGAAAAUACAUAUAGAGCUGUGCUCAAAUUUUACAUUACUGAUUAUCGUAAUUUUCAGAAUAUUUCCAGCUAUUACUAUGUCAGGUAUUUAAGUUCUGGGCAUUGUCUUGUUUUGAGAUUCCACACUCAUACUCAACAAUCAUUACCUAGCAGCCCUGUGGCCAGUUUUAGUCGCAUUCCUUUUUUUUCUGAUAACAUGUCGUAUCCCAGAGCCUAUAGUGCCUCGAACAAGUCCUCUAUAGCAGAAAGUUAGUAUCCGUCUCUUUCCCCUAGUACUAUAUGUGAUACUUAAGCUCUUGUGCAAAUAACGAUAAGGGCAUGGCGUGUUCAACUCAUCCUGCACUGCACAGAACUAUACAGUACAAAGUUUUUACCUAUGAUACGUAUUUAUUGAAAAUACUGGUGAUAUUUAAGGCCUUGUCCAGGACAGUAAAAAUAAGGGUUUGUUGUUCUUUGAUCUCGAUGCGUGGUGUACAGAACUGCACAGUACAAUCUGCCAAUUUUAAGAUUGGUGUACCAAGUCUGUAGAUGUGAUAGUUAAGCUCAUCUAAAGUUGUGAAGUAAGUGUUUGGAAAGCUCAGAACUACGCGGUACAUUUAGUACCCAUUUUUUAUCCUUUUGAUAUAAAUUGUACACUCACGAUCGUGGAAAAAAGGGCUAGUCAUGCUGUGCACAGAGCUGCACAGCCUAGUGUUUGUAUCCAGCUUUUCCUUGAAAGUGCCUUUUCUAAGCUGCACUAUGUUUUUAAUCAGAGUACUGUUUGCAAUACGGUCACAUGUAUACAAGAAAGAUUUAUUGCAAAUAAAGACUUACUUUCUA